AUGGAAUCAUCCACUGAUCGAGAUAAGAUUAGGAAUGAGAUCGAUUCUCUUUCGAGUACGUUGGAUACUGUCAGGGUGCUACAGGAUGCAAUGUUGGAAGACAACAGGAGGAACUUGGAUAGUCUCCUCUCGGCGCAACAGGCAUUGGAUCGGGAGUUGUCGGAUUUCAGGGCGCUGCAGAAGGCACGGAAUGAAGCUAUGCAGUCCUUUGAAGAGGCUCUCCCAAAACAAAUGGUUGCUACUUUGGGCCCGAACGGGAAGGUUCAGCUCACCGACGAGUUCCAGGACAGUCUCCAGGAUGUAUUCUCGAAGAUAUUCCCCAAGCAUUUCAAUGAUGCGAUCGCAAAGACAGGACCUAGUGGAAUUGGGAAGAUACCAAGCUGGGAGGCGUUCAUGAAGGGGAAUGAAGACAAGCUAAAGGAUUUGAUCCAAAAGCAUGCUUCUGCGGGAGAUGGUGUAGGGAAGAAUGGGAAACCGGGUGGUGUGGUUCUAAGCAAGGCUUUUGUGAUGGCCAUGAUCCAGGAAGAGGCGGAGAAGUACCACAAGAAAUGGGAGGUGGAGACCUUCUUGCCAGAUUUCGAGUCAAAAUUCGAGAGCCAAUUGGAGGAGCUCCAACGACGAAUCCGGAGAGAAAACACGGAACAUUUUAGCUCGGCAUCGUCCUCCAUCCUCGCUGCAGCAAGUGCCAUAGCCUCCGGAACCGCAAACAGGGCGGCCAGAAACAUGGCGCAAGAGUUUGCCGACUCGCGCGGGGGCCGGGGCACCAGUGGGCGCAUCUCGCAGGGCGGCAAGGAGCGCUGGACUACCCUGCCAGACUACGCAUCCAUCAUAACUGGGGCCUCGAUCUGGCCAUACAUCACAUCCCCCUCGUACGACUGGACGGGCGGCAGGGGCUACCACCACUUCGUCUGGCGCCUCUUUGGCCGGGGUGCGCGGAUUUCGCCGCCACCAGCACUGGCCAUAACCCCGUCCACAGAAGUGGGUGAGUGCUGGCCCUUCCCCGAGCGCUCGGGGGACAUUGGCAUUAAGCUUGCCAAGCCGAUCUACGUCUCGCACGUCACAAUCGACCACGUGCCCAAGCAGCAAGCCAUCGAGAUCUCGUCCGCGCCGAAGAAUAUCGAAUUCUGGAUCCGCGUGCCCGCGGAGCGCAAGGAGGAGCUGCAGAAGGCGGUAGGCAAGCCCGCCAGCGAGUGGUUCCGCCAGGACAGCGACACGCAAAAAAUACAACAGCAGCAGCUGCAGAUGUCGGGUAACAACGGCGGAGAGUGGGUGCGUGUGCACGAAUUUAUGUACGACAUUCACACCGCUGGAUCACCGGUCCAGACAUUUGAACUGCCCGUCGACCUCACCAGGCUCAACGUCACCAGCCACUUCGUUGCAUUUAGGAUCGUGGAUAAUUGGGGGCAUCCUAAUUUCACGUGUUUGUAUCGUGUUCGGGUGCAUGGGUAUCCGCCGAAGAGGGAUUUGCCGAUCGGGGAUGGAGAGAGGGCGGAGGGGUUAUAGUAGUGGUGGUGAAGUAAAUAGUAAAACGAUAGCUUUGGAGGUUUCUUUGCUUUGCUUUGCUUGCUUAUAGUAUCAAUCCGUAUCAUAACCUUUUUUCUCCUUGAAUUGAAUUGUUGGUGUGAGCUUUAUUGUUUCUUCAUUGAGGGUUUCUGUUCUAUCCGUUUGUCGGUUUUUUUGUUUGUUUGGGUCCGGGGAGUCAUGUCUUGUCUAUUUCUUUUUAUCUUUUCUAUUUCAUUUUUAUUCAAAGCCUCGGUCUGGUUCAGCCCGGUCCGUUAUGGACAAAGUGCGGUGGAGCGAUGUGAGGAUAUAUGAUACCUCUAUUGCCAUGAGAUGGGGGGGGGAAGGCCACCUGAGUAUGGUAGGGCAGGGUAGGGUAAGAAAUUGUUACUGUUUAUAUCAAGGUUCUCUUUUUGUUGCUGUCGGUGCUCCAGGUAUUGAUAGGCGUAUAUGGCUUAACCUGACCGGUAUAAUACUGUAUAACUUGUAUACUUGCUUUUUUUGUAUUUUUUUUUCAAUUUCCUUUCAGCUUUUCUCGCUCUUACCCACCC